GUCUCGAGUCUCUUCUCCAUCUCACUGCUAAAGGCCACUUGCUUGGCAAGCCGAUAUCGUCUCCGAAUACCAACGAUUAUUAUAACUCACCAUCCUUUUCUUGCCUCCGUCCACGUAUUACAUACAGUCGACGCCCGAGAUUGGCGCAACCCCGCCAAGAUGUCGUUAACAAAUUGUCGUUUCUACGAGGAGAAGUACCCGGAGGUUGAUAGCUAUGUCAUGGUCAAUGUCAAGCAGAUCGCCGAAAUGGGUGCGUACGUGAAGCUACUCGAAUAUGACAACAUCGACGGCAUGAUCUUGCUCUCGGAGCUUUCUCGAAGACGUAUUCGUAGUAUUCAGAAACUCAUUCGUAUCGAUCGCAACGAGGUGGUUAUUGUGUUGCGUGUCGACAAGGAAAAAGGAUAUAUCGACUUGUCAAAACGACGAGUUUCUCCAGAAGAUGUUGUCAAGUGCGAGGAGAGAUACAACAAGAGCAAGGCUGUCCAUUCUAUCAUGCGCCAUGUCGCAGAAGCUACCAAGACCCCUCUUGAAACGCUAUACCAGCAGAUCGGAUGGCCGUUGAACCGGAAAUACGGCCACUCCCAUGAUGCCUUCAAACUAUCUAUUACGGAUCCUGAAGUGUGGGACGGGAUCGAAUUCCCCAGCGAGGCUGUCAAGAAAGAACUGUUGCAGUAUAUUAGCAAGAAACUCACGCCUCAUCCGAUUAAGGUUCGUGCCGAUAUCGAGGUCACCUGCUUUGGUUAUGAUGGAAUCGACGCUGUUAAGGAUGCCCUUCAUGCUGCCGAAGAGAACAAUACUGCAGACAGCCAGGUCAAGGUUCGGCUGGUGGCUCCCCCGCUGUAUGUCCUAACAAUCCAAUGCCUGGAUAAGAACAAGGGCCUCAAGCUGCUGGAGGAGGCAAUCGAAAGGACUACCAAGAAGAUCAAAGAGUCCAAUGGUAACUGCAUUGUCAAGAUGGCGCCCAAGGCUGUCACGGAGCAUGACGAUGCUGCUCUUAAGGAGCUUAUGGAGAAGCGCGAACGGGAGAACAUGGAAGUUAGCGGAGACGAAAGCCUGUCGGAGAGCGACGAGGGUGUUCCGGAGUAAAUGGCGGACGAUUGCGCCCCUACGACGUUUUCGAGUUGACGAGUCAUAGACACAUCGUUCAAGCAGCACUUUCUGGAGCGGAGCAAUGCACAAAAGUUACAGUGGAUUGAAAUGUAAAAGUUCCAUAUGACGCGACGAUUGAAAAAGGAAGACGGUUUAAUGCGAUCACUUAGCAGGCUCGGAGUGAGAAGAAGAAGCACCCAUGAAGUGAAAUACUUUGUUCGAUGCCGGCCAGUGCCUCAAUAUCUUUCUAGUAUGCCAAUCGGGAAAUUCGGUUUCUGGUGGUAUCCUGCUGCUCUUGCGCGAGUCACCGAAUACCGGGAGCUCAAUCCAGAGAGGUCCGUGUACAUACGUCUUGUCUAAUUGCAAACCGAGUAUCUGAUAGAAGCCAGAGGCGCCACCCGACCAGUUAUUAUUGGGAAUAUACCCAGCGCUAAAUUUUUCUUGUUCUUUAUGAUGCACUCUAGUUUCGAUGCCCCAGGCAACCAUUGAUAUACUACUACAAGUAACUCCGUUGAUUCCCGAUUAGACCAUGAUUUAUUC